AUGAUUUUAUCACAAGAAACUCUAAGUGGAACCGAAUACAGGUUCAGCUUUGACGAAUGCGUGUUCUGUUGUUAUAAUGUUUUGAUCGCUCUAGCGCGACCGACCGGAUCGCGGCGUACGUAUUUCGAAAAUAAUGCGGUCAAACCAGCCGCGGGCGGGCGCGCGGCCGCUCGCCUCUCUCACUCACCCGAAAUCAACGCAUCCAACGUCGGUGGCGACGCGGAAUCCGCGAUCGUUGGCGUGGGGCGACACUCAGCGUUUAGGGAGCAAAUGGGCGAGCGGUUCACGAGCGGGCCGUGGGCGCACGGCGGGGUAGCGGCGCGGGAGCAUCACUGGCUGGGGGCGCGUGUGCGUGCGGUGGCGGCGCGGCGUGGGCGCGCAUCGCGUGUUCGCGUGUUCGCGUCUUCGGCGGCGUGGCGCGUGCUUCGGCGUGCUCGCGGCGCGGUCCUCGCGGGCGGAGUGGCGCUCCAGACGCGGCGGCGUCGCCGCGGGCGUGCCGGCGCCCCGCCCCACUCCCCACCGCGCCCUCGCACCCGCCGC